AGUCGGCAAUGAAUUUCCAAAAAGAAAAAAAUAAACAGAAAAUAACCAAAUUCGAGAAAAAAGAUAAAGACGGCAAAAACCAAAGAGCAACGACAAGAACUCUACGCAAACAGCAUUCAAAGUACAUCACACAAACCUCGUCGGUUUCAGCUCCUAAACACAAUAACACAGAGUAGAAACGUGCGUGUGUGUUUCAUCUUAACAUUUAUGCAUGCGUAAACACAUCAACAAUGGCGGGUCUUCACUCAUCUCUCAGACCCACCUCUUCUUCAUCGACGCCAUCUUCAAGACUCCUCUUAUUGCUCACUCUCUUGCCUCUCAGUCUCGCUGCUCUUGCUUUCGUUCUCCAAUGGCGGGGCGGAUACGAUGACCCGGUGGCCCGGUGGCCUGGAUUAAUGGAUGAUCAUCAUCAUGACCGUGAUAUGUUUCCGGGUAUGGAUAAAUCCGCUCCGAUUAGGACCACGUCGAUUAAUUGUGCGGAUGUUUUGUCGCAGAAAAGGACUCCUACGUUUCCUUACUUGAGAGGCUGGAAUUUUGAAUACGGGUCGGAUCUUCAGCCCAAGAUAUGUAUUACUACGAGCACUUCUGCUGGCUUAGAGCAGAUAUUGCCAUGGAUGUUCUAUCACAAAGUUAUUGGGGUUUCUUCCUUUAUUCUGUUUGUUGAAGGGAAAGCUGCAAGCUCCAAUGUAUCAAAAGUCUUACAAAGCAUUCCGGGAGUACAAGUAAUUUUUAGAACAAAAGAACUGGAGGACAGACAAGCUAAAAGCCGAAUCUGGAACGAAACUUGGUUAUCGAAUUUCUUCUACAAACCAUGCAACUAUGAGCUAUUUGUCAAGCAAUCCCUCAAUAUGGAAAUGGCUAUAGUUCUGGCAAGGGAAGGUGGUAUGGACUGGAUCAUUCAUCUUGACACUGAUGAGCUAGUGCAUCCAGCAGGCACUCGUGAGUAUUCCUUGAGAGAGCUUUUCGCGAAUGUGCCACAAAAGGCUGACAUGGUCGUUUUUCCUAAUUAUGAGAGUAGCGUUGAGAGAGAUGAUAUAAAGGAUCCAUUUAGUGAGGUCUCCAUGUUCAAGAAGAACUUUGAACAUCUUCCAAAAGAGACGUACUAUGGCAAUUAUAAAGAAGCAACUCGUGGUAAUCCAAAUUACUUCAUGACAUAUGGAAAUGGAAAAGCAGCUGCUCGUAUUAUAGAUAAUCUUCGUCCAAAUGGCGCACACAGAUGGCACAAUUACAAGAAAACACCAAUGGAGAUAAAAUUAGAAGAGUCUGCUGUUCUACAUUACACCUACCCCAAGUUUUCGGAUUUGACUUCAAGACGUGAUCGUUGUGGCUGUAAGCCUACAAAAGAGGAUGUUAAGAGAUGCUUCAUGUUAGAUUUCGACAGAGCUGCAUUUAUAAUCGCUUCUACAGCAACUGAAGAGGAAAUGUUUCAAUGGUACCGAGAACAUGUUGUAUGGACUGACGAAGCUUUGAAGCUGAGACUUAUAAUGAAGGGAAUUUUAACUCGCAUAUAUGCUCCAAUGGUCAUUAUUCAAGGACUAAGGGAAUCUGGAAUCUUCACUUCUGUAAUUGAAUCUGCCCAGGAAAACCCAUUGAAAGACACAUUUUUAUCAUCGGUUGAGAGCCUUAAUGCCUCUAGAGUUGAUAAAUUUAAGAUGGUCUCUUCAAGAAAAAUGGGGAAGCAUAUAGAAACUCAAGCAAAUACCAGGAAUAUCUUGGCUAUCUCGGACACUGAUUUACCAGCAAUUCCGCCAUUAUCUCCUCCUAGCAUGGAAGAUAUGCACCUUGAUACAUAGACACCUAUAUACUGUCGCAUACUGAACAUAGUAUAUCCAAAUGAAGUUUACAGCACUUUACGCAAGAUUUUGAGAAGAGAGAAAAUAGAGG